AUUAUAUACAAAAUCAGUAACGAAAACACGGACGCGAAAAUCAACUAAUUAAAUCCACUUUCCAUCACCCUCUCGCGUCCGAUCUCCUCUCUACUCAUCCAAACAAAACACAACAAAGUCAACUCAUCUGUCGGAAAAAUAAAAAUUGCAUGUUCCUAAGAUAUGACUAUGACGACGGAGGAGAAACCAGCUUCCGAUGGCAGAGGAGGUUGGGGUUUCUUCAAGAUCCCGUUUCGAAACUCUAGCGGUCGAGGAAACAACGCAGCAUCAAGUGCCGCCACGUCUCCGUUUCCAUCGUCUUCUUCUUCUUCUACUACAUCUUCUCAUCUCCAUAACCACCAUCAUCAUCACCAGCAUCAUCAUCAGAUUGGUUAUAACGGGCCUCAUGGUGAUGGAUCGGGUCAAAAUCAGCAACCGACUCCUUCUCCUUCGGUAUCAUCUGUUGCUAAGUCGUUUCUGCCUACGAAAAGGAGAUUGAAGCUUGAUCCGUCGGAGAAACUCUAUUUUCCUUAUGAGCCUGGGAAGCAAGUGAGGAGUGCUAUUAAGAUUAAAAAUACCAGCAAAUCACAUGUAGCCUUCAAGUUUCAAACAACUGCACCGAAGAGUUGCUUCAUGCGUCCACCAGGUGCUAUUCUUGCUCCUGGAGAGACUAUUAUCGCCACUGUGUUCAAAUUCGUUGAGCCUCCUGAGAAUAAUGAGAAGCCAAUGGAUCAAAGGAGCAGAGUCAAGUUUAAAAUCAUGAGCUUGAAGGUGAAAGGUCCAAUGGACUAUGUGCCUGAGCUGGUAUGUUCAUCUUAUGAUAUAUCCUAUGAACUGGAUAACGGUAGUAACAACAUGUCAGUAGUCAGUACCCAGUUGGAACAUAUGAUUUUUAAUCCCUCUCUAAAACAUUACAAGUGUAAAGAUUUCCAGCCUACUUUCUAGGCACAGAAAUGUAAACAAAGCACUUGUGAUAUUGUUUGUCAUGUUCUUACAUUUCCAAGGCUCUAUUGAAUCUUUUUUUUUUAAUCUAAAAGAAAUAUCUGUUGCUUUUGCUUUUGUUUUUCACAGUUUGAUGAACAAAAGGAAGAUGUAUCUAAGGAGCAAAUAUUGCGUGUGAUUUUCCUGGAUCCAGAGCGCCCCAACCCUGCACUGGAGAAACUGAAGCGUCAGCUAGCAGAAGCAGAUGCAGCAGUGGAAGCAAGAAAGAAACCACCAGAGGAAACAGGUCCAAAGAUGAUUGGAGAAGGGCUUGUAAUCGAUGAAUGGAAGGAGCGCCGAGAGAGAUAUCUUGCACAGCAACAAGGCGAAGCAGUUGACUCUGUCUAAGAACAAGUGAAGAAGAAGAGACCAAGAUAUUAAAUUUCUCUACUAACUUCCCCAUUCAUAAUGCAACCCUAAGAUCAUGUUGGUAAAAAAAAAACUGAAACUUUUUCAUGUAAAAAGAAAAAACUUUGGGUGGUUUACUGGUUUGUUAAUGAAAUGUUCAUGUUAAGAGUAAGACUAAUAAAAAGUGACAGAGAGGAGGUAGAAUCAACCUGGC